CAGGAAAAGAAGUCGGGGGAGAGGAAUCCAGCUGGGGGGUAUCUAGAGGGGAGAUGCAGAGGCAACAUUACAGAAAGGCAAAUGAUAACAGAGACCAGUUCACUGAGCAAGAAAAAGGGAGCAGAAUUAACGACUCAAAGAGAAGUAUUGGAAGGCAUGAGGUACGGUCCUGGAAAACAGCUGCCAAGCAGUCCUUCUGUCUCAUGUGUCAAAAAGUGAAAGAGCAGCUAACACUAAGCAUGUCUUUCCUCCUUACUGUUUUUUGGUAUUGCAAGAGGCUGUACAGCUUUUUAGCACAGCUACUGAAACGGUGGAGCAAUUACCUUCAGAGAAAACUCUUAAGGAAUAUCAGUGUGCUGACAGAAGUUGAUCUACUGGAUUAUAGUGCAAGAGAAUGGAAAGGAGAAACAAAGCAAGCCAAACACAUGAGGGAGGCAUAUGAUGCAUUGGCUUGGACCUAUCAUGUGAAAUAUCUGCGACAAGUCAAGAAGGACAACUAUUGUGUUCUGAGAGCAGUGCUUUUUCAGAUAUUCAGCCAAGGCAUUCCUUUUCCAUCAUGGAUGAAGGAGAGAGAUAUAUUAAAGCUCCCUGAAAAGCUCUUGUAUGCUCAAGGCUGCAACUGGAUUCAGCAAUAUAGUUUUGGGCCAGAAAGAUACACAGGUCCCAAUGUCUUUGGUAAACUGCGCAAAUGUAUGGAGACAUUAAAGACCAAUUGGAUUGAACUAAGUGCUACUAAAAAUCCUGAAGAAAGAGGAAACAUAUGUGAUAUGCUCUUUUCUGAUGAGACCAAGGAACACAAACUGUAUGAGGCCAUAAAAUUCAUCAUGCUCUAUGAAGUUGUUGAAGCCUGUGAGCAAAUAAAGAAUAGGGAAGAACCCAUACACAACCUUUUUAGCCUUCUUCUUGCUCGCGAUUCGUCGUCUGACCCCUUGAGUUUCAUGAUGAAUCAUCUGAACUCUAUAGGCGACUCUAUGUACCUAGAUCAGGUUGAACUGCUUCUUCUUGGAUAUGUACUUGAAGUAAAAAUAAGAGUUUACAGACUGCAUAGGUUUGAUACUGAGGAAUUCCAAGUAAGCUACCCAGAUGGAUACCGAAGGGAAUGGAAUGAAAUUUCUCUCCUGACUGAGGAUGACCACUACUAUCACAUCCCCAUUUUCAGAACAUGAAAGAACAAUGACUUUUUUCCUUUGUAUAAUUCAGUGAGUUACCAGUUCCAGUGAAUUAGGUUUCUAAUUGGCAGCAGUAAGAUUUUGAGAAUGCUUGUUAAUGAUUACAGAAUUAUUUAUGGGCUUAUUGUGCCAAUGUGUUGCUUUCCCAUUACAGCUCAAUUCACAGCCAGUCAGCCAUUAUAAAAUACAUGAAAUAUUCUGCUAUACUGUCUGGGGGUUGUCAGACAAAAAAGAUUGGAGUGCAUGACAAAGCAGGCAAAGGCAAUGCUGGGUUUUCCAUUGUUAGUCUAAGGGUUAACUCUGACAUCUCUGGAUGUGUUAAACUCAAAGUUCCUAAAGCAACUACUGUGUUUCCCUCUUCUGUCUGUAGCUAGGGAGGAUGAAUCAUAAAGCAAGCAACUCCCAGGAUCCCACUAUCCAUACUCUAGGCUAUUAAACUUGCAUUGACUUUGAGGUAUACCUAAGAUGAGAGGAUGUAAACUGAGGCCUCUGGGUAGCUGCCUCUCCUCACAGGCAUCCAUUGCUGGAACACCUCCCUCCAGGAACAGGCAGAGCAAGCAGCUGCAGGCUGUACUUAGACAUGUGCUGGUGUCUGAAGGUAAAGAAAUUGUUAUACAGGGGGAAAAAAAAAUAACACACACACACACAAGAAUACUGUGCCAGAUGAAUGGAAGAUCUACUUUAUAGCAAAGGAAAGUACACAGGCUUUUCCAAACCUAAAAAGGGCAAUAUUGAUUAGUAAGUAAAAAAGGAUAGAGUUCAACCCAGUAGUUACCAAUGUUUUUUGUCAAAUUUUAAAUCCUUUGAAGGCUGAUUUCAACACUACCUGCCAAGAGGCAUCAAGAUUUGCUUUGCAGUUCAUCUGAGAAAGCUGUGCACAGAAUACAUUCACAAACACUGCCUUUUCAGAAACCACCCAUUUUCAAUGCAUUAUGUGCAUUUAGCAGUGUGUGUAUCCUCUGUGUAUGUAUUAAAAACUUUCCAUAAGAUUGGUAUCUUUAGUUUAGGCCUCAAUGUUCAAAGAAGCCUGUCCAGGACAACUAAAUGAGAUUAACUUUAUUAGAUGGAACAUUUUGCCCUGUUCUAUUUUCUAAAAGAAUGUUUUGAUUCUUUCUAAAUUGAAGGAUGUUAAUUUGAACAAAUAUUAACAUGAUACACCAGAUUGUGGAAAAUAUUUGUAAAAAGCUUACAAUCGCAUAAGUUUGCAAUUAUAUUGAAAAAAGCAGAGAUUUAUUGAGAAGCAAAGCCUUGCCUUUCUGUAGGCUAGAGCUAUGAGGACUGGCUGGUUUGGUUUCAACUCCUGCAGGAGAAAAAAUACAAGGUGGUAACAAAAAUGUGAACAGGGCCUGGAAGAUCUAAAGCAGAUGCAUGAGGUAACUAAAUGGUAAUGCUUGGACUGCAAAGAGACUGUUAAGUUCCUUUGUGUAAAGGAAAGCAAUUUUAUCCCUUACAGUCCUUUUAUCUGUAUGUUUUGUAUAUAUAUUUAUAAACACAACCACCUGACUUCUGUAUCAUAGCAGUUGUGUUUCCUGAAAGUUUUUUGGGGUCAGUUUUGUUCAGUAAUUUGUAGCUUUUAACUAAGAAGGCUUAAUACCUAUAAUAAUUUCAUCUCAUAAAAGCCUGCAU